UUACUAUUACUAUCGAUUAUAGUUUUUAAUGACACUGUUAAUCUUCGAGAAAUGAUAGUACCGCACCGCACGUUUUUGAUCAGUUUUUACGGUAGUGUCAGUGACGAGCACGUGCUCCAAGCUCGAGCCAACUAAAUAAAUACUCAUAAUACCUUAUUAUCUAAUUUCGUAUACUCCAGAUCCAGCGGUUCAAGGUUCAAACCUAUCAUCCGUUACAGAAAUGUUAAUGAAAAGAGUGGGGUAAAUGAAGUUUAUAAUGAUUUUAAUACGCCUGCACUUUUCAGGAUCAAUCCAAAUCAAUUUGUAAACAAGUGUUGUUGUACGCGUUUUGGUAGCGAAUUAAUUAAUUUGUAAAUUUCGUACGAUGAAGCCUUCGAUAUUCGUUGUGGUGCUGCUGAUGGUUCUUGUGAAUCGAGUGGGUGCCAAAGUGCCUUCCGUAUUCGGUGUGUUCUUUUCGAAUUCGAACAAAAACGGGGAUUUGCAGGAUAACAGUGUGCCCGAGUCGGAAAAUCAGACGGCGGAAAAAACGGAAUAUACAGUGAUCGAAGAUGAAUUCGCCAAACUGAGGAUCGAGUACAUCAAAAACCAAAUUUUGAAAAAACUGAGGCUUAAAGAGAAGCCUACUAUAACGAUUGCGGAGCUGCCCAAACCCAUCAAAGAAUAUGAAAAUCUGCUGUCCACUCGCGACAUGGACAUACAAACUUAUUCUGAUGACUUUUAUGGAAAAACUACCCAGGCUAUUAUAUUUCCUUACGAAGAUGAAGUUCGCUGCUCUAGAACAAUACGGUUUCCUUCAUCCUGUUUGCCAUUUCAAAUGCCCAACGAUAUCCACACUACAGAGGUCGCUAGUGCAGAGCUAUGGUUCCACAAAGAGGAAGACUAUCUAGACGAACACAAUCAGACUUUUGUAAUAUACGAAGUAGCGCACUGGGAUACGAACAAAAGUUUUCAAAAAACCACGCCCAUCGCUAUCCAAGAGACAAGCCUAAGUGAGGGUUGGUUAAAAAUAGACGUAACCUAUGUCGUUAAAAAUUGGCUGGAUUUUCAAGAUUCACCCGUGCACGCUAUCAACGUUGUAUGCAAAACCUGUGGUAUGGACAAGACACAAUCUCCCGUAUCGUUCAUCAACGAUUUGAAACCGUUUUUGGUGAUCUACACUCAUACGCAGCAAAGAAGAACUCUUUCUCACAGGAGGCAAAAGAGAUCGGCCAAUUGCGAACCGGGCCUCAACGAAUGUUGCAGGGAGAAUUUCUAUAUUUCCUUCGCCGAAAUUGGUUGGGACGAUUGGAUCAUUAAGCCAGAGGGGUACAAUGCUUACUUUUGUAAGGGUUCCUGUACUACUCCGGCUGCUAUCACGCUUAGUGCUAGUCAGCAUAAUAGUAUACUUCAGAAAAUAAUGAAUGGUCACAAGAGGAACAAGGUUGUGGGACCAGAAAUCACGCCUUGCUGUACGGCUACCCAAUUUCAAAAUUUACAGUUAUUUUACAUGCAAAGUAAUAAGACUCUGACAACGAAACUAUUAUCGAAUAUGAUAGUAGACACUUGUGGAUGUAUGUAGCGGAAUCCAAUUAGAAAAUUUUAGUUUCCUGUUUGACAGUAUUGUGACUCUAGUGAUAUCUGAAGAUCCCAGUGAAACCAAGCAUUUAAAUAUUAAUCUCAAAUAGAAAAUAUUGUAUAAAGUAUCAUAAUUAUUAGAUAAUAACAGCCUUCUACUUGUACAAGCUCAUAAAACGAUACUUCUAAGUUGAGGACAGUGGCGUAACCAACAAUUUUUGCACCCUUUCGCAAAGUAUUAGCUAGUAAUUUCAUAAACUACCUAUAUAUUUUUUCAAAUCAAGCAGGGGAUGUAGUUACGACACUGAUUGAGGAGAUACGUCGGCUGGAACUUUGUUUACUAUUUAUUUAUAAUAUACCGAGAUAGUAUGUAUUUAAAAAUUGAGUCAAUGUUUGAAUAGAAACGGUAUUUAAUAUUUAAAUACCAUUGAUGUGUUUGUGAUAGAAACCUUUUAAAAGAAACAAGAUUAAGCAAUACUAUCUUGGUUUUAUACUAAGGUUCAAUGGUUAAGCAAAUGUACCAUUGUCC